AUGGCCAUGGCCAACCUCACUGCCACCCCCGAGUUCCUCCUCCUCGGCCUGAUGGACAGCGCCAACGCCCACCCGCUGCUGUUCCUGCUCUUCCUCAUCACCUAUCUGCUCAACGCCCUGGGCAACCUGAGCAUGGUGGUGGUGGUGAGGUCCGACGGGGCUCUCCGAUCCCCCAUGUAUUACUUCUUGGGUCACCUGAGCCUCGUGGACGUCUCUUUAACCACAGUCACGGUCCCCAGGCUGCUGGCCAGCCUGCUCCACCCAGGCUAGGCCGUGUCCUUCCCGGGGAGCUUUGCCCAGCUGUACUUCUUGGCCCUGGGCGUCACCGAGAGCUACCUCCUGGCAGCCAUGUCCCACGACCGCGCGGUGGCCGUCUGCCGGCCCCUACACUACGCCGCAGUCAUGACGCCCUGGCGCUGCACAGUGCUGGUCGCCGCGUCCUGGACCCUGUCCCACCUGCGCUCGCUUCUCCACACGCUGCUCAUCUCCGCACUCUCCUACCCACGCUCUGCUCUUGUGCUCCACUUUUUUUGCGACGGGCCUCUGAUGCUGAGCUGGGCGACUUCGGACAAAUGGGCUCCGGAGACUGCCAUCUUCUCCAAGGGCCUGGCCGUGAUGCUGACCCCGCUGCUGCUGGUGUCUCUCUCCUACGGGCGGGUCCUCCUGGCAAUGCUGAGGAUGAGGUCGGUAGGGGGCCGGCGCCGCGCCUUCUCCACCUGCGGGGCCCACCUACUGGUGGUGUCCCUCUUCGGUUCAGCCCUCUCCGUCUAUUUCCGGCCAUUGUCUGACUACUCAGCCCGCUACAACCGCCUGGCCAGCGUGGUCUAUGCGGUGCUCACACCAACCUUGAACCCUUUCAUCUACAGUCUUCGCAACAAAGAAGUCAAGGGCGCCCUCAAACGGGGCCUCAGAUGGAGGGCUGCAUCCCAAGAGGUGUGA